GGAACGUGUCUUUUGGAACAGGACAAACCUUUUUCGCUGCUGAACUUGGCUGUUUCAGAAAGUAUCGCUGUGUGUGUGUGUGUGUUGCAAUGCUGGCCUGACGUGGUGAAGAAGGGAAGGCAAAGAGGAGGGGAGAUCUCUCUGGGCUCAGCCCAGCUGUUGCAGCUGUGAGGAAGAGGAACACACACAGACAGCUCAGAAGAUCUCGGCUCGCUUGAGCAGCUGGAGCAGGGGCAACUGAACCAAGGUAAGACCAGGAUGGUAGAAGCAAUGACAUGCUGGGAGCCAGCUGUUGUCUAGGCAGGAAUUUCCUCAGCGUCCUCUUCCUGCCGUGGGGAAGGCAGAGGCUGCCCAAUGUACCGGACAGAGGCUUUCAUUCCAAUAAGCUCGCCUUGAACAGAAAGGGAAGUUCCUCUUUUCUGGUUUCGGUGGAGAGUUGCUUCAUCGGCAUUUUGGCACCGAGAUCAAGGAAAAGGACUGAGGAACCUGAUCUCAGGGGCUCAGGAGGACAGCAAGCGCUGCUUUCUGGUGGAGGUGUUGAGAUCUCCUGUGGGGUGCAACGCAUCCAACUAUAAGCUCAGGCCAGGACAUGUGGGCAAAGCCCUGUUUUAUCCUUGCAACCACCAUGGGAGGUGAGUUAGUCUGAAAGAGAGGACCUCAGAGAAGUCUCCACUUGGAACCAGCUCUGCCCACCAGGAGGCAAAGUGAAGGAAGCUGCUUCAGAGGGCACCAUAAAGUGGGGAUGAGGCCAUAGAUAAAAGCAUGAAUAGAUAUCUAAAUGGGGCAGCAAGACUUUUCAAAGUAUUGGUCCUAUGUAGGAGGGAACGAGGCAGUUUCCUGCUUUGGGUAGCAACAUGUCUCAGACCGUUGGGAACUGUCUACUAUCCCAGAUUAUGAAGAGCCUUGGUGUGGUAUCUUACAAUUGUCAGAAGUCCUUGUGCAUCUUUCUUAAGCCAAUGGUACACUGUGGUCUAAACCACUGAGCCUCUUGGGCUUGCCGAUCAGAAGGUCGGCAGUUCAAAUCCCCGUGACAGGGUGAGUUCCCAUUGCUCUGUGUCAUGGUCCGGUUCACGGGCGAUCGAAGACCCGGCAGGGGACAUCAGGACCGGGGGCAAGAUGGCGGGGUGGGAGCAGGAACAGGGGUCCAGAAGCCAGGAGUCCGGAAGCCAAGAGUCCAAGGGUCAGGAAGGAAGGAGUCACAAAGUCAAGGGUCCAAGGAUCAAGAAGCAAGGAGUCACAAAGUCAAGGGUCCAAGGAUCAAGAAACAAGGAGUCACAAAGUCCAGGGCCCAAGGAUCAAGAAGCAGGGAGUCACAAAGUCAAGGGCCCAAGGAUCAAGAAGCAAGAGUCAAGAAGCCAAGGUCCGAGGAUCAGGAAGCAAUAAGCCAAACGCAGCAAGGCAGGAAGCGUGCUGCUGUGGCAAAGAGCCAAAGGGAAAUGCUGAACUUAUAUCCCUUCCCGGCUCUUGCCACCAGGUGCUGUGAGUUACCAAUCGGCCUCACCUGUGCGGCUGCACCUUGCAUCUUCAGAACAAACUUAGGAAGGCCCCAGUCCUGCGAAGUCCUACUGGUCACAGGGCCUGGCUCCUGCACGCACACCUGACACUCUGUCCCAGCUCCUGCCAACCUAGCAGUUCGAAAGCAUGCCAGUGCAAGUAGAUAAAUAGGUACUGCUGUGGCAGGAAUGUAAACGGCGUUUCCGUGAGCUCUGGUUUCCGUCAAUAUGUCCCAUUGCACCAGAAGCGGUUUAGUCAUGUUGGCCACAUGACCCGGAAAGCUGUCUGUGGACAAACUCUGGCUCCCUCGGCCUGAAAGCGAGAUGAGCGCUGCAACUCCAUAGUUGCCUUUGACUGGACUUAACUGUCCAGGGGUCCUUGACCUUUUACCUUUAGUGUGCUGCAGAGAAACCACGAGGUCAUUUUCUUUGCCAUGAGAGAUGUGUUAAGACCCCUUUGUAAGUUCUUUGGCUGUACGUAGAACGGCUUCCACUAUCGGAGGCAAUCAACCUCCAAACUCCAGUUGCUGGGAAACGCAAGUGCUGUUUCCUCUGGUCUUGCUUGAGCACUUCCCAUGACCAUCUGGUUGACCACUGUGAGAACAGGACACUGGGGCAGACGGGCCACUGACCCGACCCAUCACUGACCAUCUUAUGUUCUUAUCAGAAAGUAAGUGAAGCCACUUGAAAAUGCCAUAACAAACUCCUGAAGAUAUUGUUGGUUUAUUGAAAGUAGUCAUGUUGGGUGUUAUAUUGGAGUGGGUGAGUUGAAUGAUGUUUAUAUAGCUGUCAGACGAAGACUUGGAAGUUUUCUUUCUUUCUUUCUUAUUAUUUUUAUUAAUUUCCCCAAUUUUCCUAAUUAUUACAAAUCCAACCAAGUUACUUUAACUUAAUACAAUUUCUUAAAAUCAAAUUUCCUGCUCCUGUUGCAAACAUAUUGAAAGUAGUCGGGCUGGGUGUUAUAUUGGAGUGGAUGAGUUUUCUUUCUUUCUUUCUUUCUUUCUUCCCCCUCUUUUCCUCUGGAUCUAUAUUUUUAUUUUACCUAGAUAAACAUCUUGGUUUGGAUAAAAAAAGAUAAUCUUUGUAUCUCUCUUUAUAAAAUCUAAUACAAUUUAUUCAAAAGAAAGAAAGAAAAUGCCAUAGCAAAUUCAACAAACAGGUCAACCUCAGUUAGUUCGCUUGGCAUUGCCUUGUUUUGGCUUUGGGGAGAUUUCUAUUGAUUUAUUUGGUAUUGCAGUUUUUCAGUUUCAUUGAUGCAUAUCAAUAUAGAUGUAUCUCACAUUAUCAUGUCAUAUCAUAUUUUAUCUCCAUCUUUCUGUCAUGUUUGUUGGUUUUGUUAAAUCACUUAUAUACUGUCUUGGCAUCAAAUAGUAUAUAAAUAUUUGCAAUGAAUAUAAUGAUAAAAAGUAGAAACCAUGCCAAGCAAAUCUCUUUGCUUAAAGAGGGGAAAUAGAAAAUGACUGUUUGACACUGUUUAUAAUGUUGUUCUGUCAUGGAGCAUAAAAAGAAAAUAAUGGCAAGAAGCCUCUUAAAAUGUUGUUUAAUCUUGACUAUAUCUGGGGGCAGACCUUUGAAGUUGGCAGCAAAUCUUGCCCUCCCCCUUAUUGCUUUGCCUCCACCUGGUGAAAACUGAAACAUUAAAUGCAAUUUUCAUUGGCCUAUACAGUGGUAUCUUGGGUUACAGACGCUUCAGGUUACAGACUCCGCUAACCCAGAAAUAGCACCUCAGGUUAAGAACUUUGCUUCAGGAUGAGAACAGAAAUUGUGCUCUGGUGGCGCGGCGGCAGCAGGAGGCCCCGUAAGCUAAAGUGGUGCUUCAGGUUAAGAACAGUUUCAGAUUAAGAACAGACCUCCAGAGCGAAUUAAGUUCUUAACCCGAGGUACCACUGUAAUGACCGAAUGGGAAGCUUUGUGCAGUCAUUUUUAGGUUUGUUUUGUGUGCUGCUCCCACCACCAUGACGGGAAAAGGCCCACAUAUGAAGGGCAGUGAUAACACUGCUGUUUUGGCCGGCUCAGUUCCACAGAGUGCACCAGUGGCAAUAAAGUGGCCUUUGGUGGCUUGCAUUCAUGGGUGCUCUUGCAUUCAAGGGCACAGAGUAGUAGAAAACGAGUGGCAUCCUCUUGCGCUCACCUGCCUCCCUCUGUGAUGAGGAGCAGGCAAGGGGAUCACUCUGCAUGCAAGGCUCUCUGGAUCAUGGCCACCAAGCAAAGGGUAGUUGAACAAAGCAGAGUUGGUCCCAUCCGUGCUCGAUUCCCUUUUACAGAGAUUGCUCCAAGGUUCUGAUAUGCGAUCCCAACAAUGCGAUCCCUUUUCUAUCUUCUUCCUAGGUGUAUCUUGUCUGGCCAACAGAGAGCUCUAAAUAUGUUCUAGUAGCAAAAUGCCCAUUGCUCCUGUCAUUCCAGGGACGUGGGUGGCGCUGUUGGUUAAAACACAGAGCCUAGGACUUGCCAGUCAGAAGGUCGGCAGUUUGAAUCCCCGCGAUGGGGUGAGCUCCCGUUGUUCGGUCCCUGCUCCUGCCCACCUAGCAGUUCGAAAGCACGUCAAAGUGCAAGUAGAUAAAUAGGUACUGCUCCGGUGGGAAGGUAAACGGCGUUUCCCUGCGCUGCUCUGGUUUGCCAGAAGCGGCUUAGUCAUGCUGGCCACAUGACCCGGAAGUUGUACGCCUGCUUCCUCGGCCAAUAAAGCGAGAUGAGCGCCGCAACCCCAGAGUCAGUCACGACUGGACCUAAUGGUCAGGGGUCCCUUUACCUUUUUACCUGUCAUUCCGGUUAGGCUUUGAUAUUUGAAUUCCCUGUUCUCGCUUUUACAGCUGCACAAUGAACCCCUACAUCUUCUGCUAUUAUUUAAUCCAGUUCUGCGGACAUUCCUGGAUAUUUAUCAAUAUGAUCAUCAGGUUCCUGAUUUUUGGGGAAGGUAAGUCUAUGCUCUUUUGCCAUUUGAUCGAUCGAAUAGCAGCCUCUCCAUGGAAAUGGGGUCUGACUGAGAGAGUAGCCAGCAGCAACACACAUGGGCCACAAAUGGGAUUUCUUCUGCACAAACGUGAGGUGGACUGGAACCACAGUGAAGGACUAGUGCUAGAGGGCUGGGUUCGAAUCCACCAAUGGCUUGAGAAAAGCCAAGGCCUGUCAGCUUUCAGUUCCCUUCUGUGAAAUGUGGAAAUUAAUGAUCUAAAGACAUUGUGCAGUAUGCUAUAGACAUAAGCAGUCUUCAGCUGCAUUGAAAAAGAUAAAAGUUUAGAUAUUUCAUAGAAUCAUAGAACUGUAAAAUGACCACGAGGGUCAUCUAGUCCAACUCCCUGCAAUGCAGGAAUCUUUUGCCCAACGUGGGGCUUGAACCCACAACCUACAACCCUGAGAUUUAGGGUCUAAUGGUCUACCGACUGAGCUAUCCCCAAUGAUGUUAUAUGAAGAUGCUUGACUCUCCCCUAUGCUAUUUAAACUGCUGCGUGGCUGGGGGCGGGGGCCUUCCUUCUUGCCUCUUCCUCUUAAAAGGUAAAGGGACCCCUGACAGUUACGUCCAGUCGCAGACAACUCUGGGGUUGCGGCGCUCAUCUCGUUUUAUUGGCCAAGGGAGCCGGCGUACAGCUUCCGGGUCAUGUGGCCAGCAUGACUAAGCCGCUUCUGGCGAACCAGAGCAGUGCAUGGAAACGCCGUUUACCUUCCCGCCAGAGCGGUACCUAUUUAUCUACUUGCACUUGGACGUGCUUUUGAACUGCUAGGUUGGCAGGAGCAGAGACCGAGCAAUGGGAGCUCACUCCAUCGCGGGGAUUUGAACCGCCGACCUUCUGAUCGGCAAGCCCUAGGCUCUGUGGUUUAGACCACAGCACUACCCAUGUCCCCUGUAGGGGCAUGGAGUAGGAGAAGAUAAUUAGUGGUGUCUCUGAAGACAGGCUGUAUUCUUCUCUCUCUUUUAUUUUCUUCUUUCUUUUUUAUUAUUUUCGGUUUAGUUUAGUUUGUUCUUUAUUGUAUUGGAGAAAGUCUUAACAAAACUUUAUAAGAAAAAGAGACGGGUGAAAUCAACCUCAUUACUUGGACCACAUGUGAUCUCACACAUAUCUACACAUGUUUCCGCAAAACAUGCUGUCUUCAUAGCGGUGACCUGAUGUUUACCAAACAAGAAAGACAUCAGGAGAAAGAAAGAGUUUGCAAAUCCAAAGGGAACAUUUAUUUGAGUCUAGUCUUUGGUCUAGAAUUGUCUGGAGAUUUAGUCAAAACACAUAAGGCAACGCUGAUCCUAGGUUGUCUCUGUGCUAAUUUUCUGCACCUUUUGCAAAUUAAAACGCCCAAAUGCUGUUCCAUGGAAACAAGGGUCACUGCCUAAAUACAGCCCAUUUCCCUUCAGAAAGUUUGCAAAAGAUCUUGCACAAUGUUCUUUGUUAUAAAUAGUAACUGUGCCACUCAGUUGUGGUUGGAGCAUGUUCAGAAUGCACACAUGCAACAUUUUAUUGUAUGCAACACAUGUACGUUGCCUUUCCAUUGCCAAAAUCAUGCUCAAUGCUGCUUACAACAUGAAAAAAUAUACAUAAGCACAAACAUAAUACAAGUAAUCAUGACAAUAAAUAAAACAUGGAAAUGUAGACAACUGCAUUGUCCACAUAAAUCACAAUAAGAUCCAAAAUAAAGAUAUAAAAAUUAAUAUCAAUGACAGAAACAACACUCUCCCAGCCCAAGAGUCUGUUCAGCAGCCUUAGCCUUUGUAGCUGGAGUCAGUCAGGUCCUACCGUCCAGGUGGAAAAAGAUCUGCAAGUCAGGGAACAGGUCCUCCAGGACUCACAGUCAAGAUGGCAGUGUCUUCUGGCAAAAUGUACCAUUCCACUGAAAACAGUUAGUGCCAGGAAACAGCGGCUGUUUUAAUUCCCUGAUCUCUUAAAGAUGAGUGGGAGUGGGAGAGCCCAAUAUGAAGAGGCUGCAAUAGAAUGAUAAUCCAGUGUUUUCUCUUGCUUUCCGUGGGGUGAAGAUUCGGUUGCAGAUACUUUCUAUUCCAUUGGGCUUGUGAUGCGCGUUUGCCAAUCUUCGUCUAUCCUGGAACUUCUGCAUAUCCGGCUCAGCAUUGCGGAAGACCAUUUUCUCCCGAGGCUUUUGCAGGUACCGCAUAAUUAAUAAUCGCAUGAAAGGAGACAAGGGUCAACACUUGGAUCGCCAUCAGUUUAGGGGGUUUAAAUCCCACAAGAAAUUCCAUUCUCAAAUUGGAACAUUUGCUAACCUUGCGAAGUAAGGUAGGCGUGUGGUCUAUGUGUAUGAAAGAGAGAAAGGGAAAGAGAGAAGAAGUGCAGGGGUGUGUGUGUGUGUGGGAGGGAGAGAGAGAGAGAGAGAGAGAGAGAGAGAGAGAGAGAGAAGUUUGUAUGUGCUCCUUGUGUUUACCUUCAAAUUCUACAGUUGACAAAAAAUUCAAAAGGCAACAAGCAAAAUAGUAAAGUUUCUGUUUUCUUGUGCCAUAUUUGUCAUAAUUUGUUUUAGUUUAAAUGGGUGGGGUCAAGAGGGAGGCCUGUGGUUUGAGGAGGAAAAGGGGGGGACCAAGGGGCAGUUGAUAUCCUGUGCCCAAGGGUCCCCAGAAACAUGGAGCCAGUCCUGGUCAAGGUGGCCAACUUCAGAGAUUUGGUUAUUACCUUUCCUCUUCAGAGCAGAAGGUGAGGUACAUGGUCCUCCUUCUGUUUUAUCUUCACGGCAACAUGUGAUGUGGGCAUCACAGAGAGGGUUAUAUUCAAACAUGGUGGAAGCAGAGUUCCACACAUGCAACAGGAUUUCCCUUUCCAUUCCUUGCAUGCCCCCCAAAUCUGCUCUGCAGGUGAGCAGAGAGGGUACUUCCACAGCACAAGCCGAAGUCUGUUGCAGGAGUGGAACAGCAACUCUAGAUACAAUCCAGAACUGGUGACUGACCUAAGGUCACCCGUGGUCCUAAAUCUUGGCUGAGUAGAGAUUUGAAACCAGGUUUCCCACUCUACUCAUCCUGUCACCAAAUCAUUCAAGAGGGUGACUAUUUGAACACCGGUUAGCAGAAAAAGAGGCCUAGGCAUAUUUUGAAAAGAACAAUAAACUAGACAAAUAUCAUGCACACUCUUGGCAUAUAUACCAGUGUGCUACUCCUGCGUAAGCCACUUGGCCACUGCAAAUCCGCCUUUCGAAAUACCAACAAGCCAAAUCAUUCAAUGGAAUAAGAAUUCGUGGAGUAAAGUUCAUGUUUGUUAGAACACUCAGGAUGGGUGAUAGGAUCAACAUUCCACAAGACUGAACGAGUUCUGACCUUUCAGAAGAAUUUUAGGAAUAUACCCUUCCUCUUCAGGGAAAGAGAAAUUAGAAAAGCUUAUGUUUCCAGUUAACACCCCCCCCCCCUGCUCAGUCACGACUGGAAAAGCAGAGAACUGGUUGGGUGCAAUCCAGCAAACAACAGCAGCAACAAAAACAGCAGCAAGUUGCCCUGAAUUCAGUGGAAAUUAGUCCCAAGGCAGCAAAUGAGAUCUUAGGUCUUCUUACUUGGCAGUGACUCCAGCCACUGCACCAUGUAGGACUUCUUGUAUAGGAUAUAACAACAACAACAACAACAACAACAACAACAAUAAUAAUUAUUAUUAUUUAUUAUUUGUACCCCGCCCAUCUGGCUGGGUCUUCCCAGCCACUCUGGGUGGCUUCCAACAAAGAUUAAAAAUACAUUAAAAUGUCACACAUUAAAAACUUCCCUAAACAGGGCUGCCUUCAGAUGUCUUCUGAACAUCAGAUAGUUUUUUUAUGGUUUCUCCAGCCACUCUGGGCAGCUUCCAACUGAAUAUUAAAAACAAUACAGCAUCAGACAUUAAAAACUUCCCUAAACAGGGCUGCCUUCAGUUGUCUUUUAAAAGUAAAAUAGUUAUUUAUCGCUUUGACAUCUGGUGGGAGGGCGUUCCACAGGGCGGGCACCACCACCUUGAAGGCCCUCUGCCUGGUUCCCUGUAACUUGGCUUCUUGCAGCGAGGGAACCGCCAGAAAGCCCUUGGCACUGGACCUCAGUGUCCAGGCGGAACAAUGGGGGUGGAGACAUUCCUUCAGGUCUACUGGGCCGAGGCCGUUUAGGGCUUUCAAGGUCAGUACCAACACUUUAAAUUGUGUUCGGAAACGUACUGGGAGCCAGUGUAGGUCUUUCAAGACUGGUGUUAUGUGGUCUAGGCGACCGCUCCCAGUCACCAGUCUAGCUGCCGCAUUCUGGAUUAGUUGUAGUUUCCGGGUCACCUUCAAAGGUAGCCCCACAUAGAGCGCAUUGCACCAUUAAGCACAUCGCUAUCCAUUUUGGUACCUUUGGUUUCAGCAGGAUUUAGGGUUAUAGUAGCAUAUGGAGAGCCUGUGCAAUGUCAGCGCCAUUAGAGCUAAACUGGGAGCCUUCAGAUGUUUCUGGACGACAAAUCCCAUCAUCUUAGACCACUUGCCAGGCUGACUGGGGCUGAUGGGAAUUGGAGCCCAACAGUAUCUGGAGGUCCACAAACCCUGUGUUGGAGAUAUAGAACAGAGCGUUUUAAAGACGCACAAAACUGCACAGUUGGAAGGGAUCUCCAAGGGCCAUCUAGUCCAACCCCCUUCGAUGCAGGAAUCUCGUCAUCUUCAUGGUGAAGAAGAUGUCCCUCAUGGAGGCUGUCUGCAGCAGUGACCUCUGUUAUGCAUCGCAGGGAACACCCAGACAACCAGCACAGCAGGGAACAACCAGUGGCCUCCUUAACUACAUUUUAAUGAACAUCUGUAUUUUAAUAAGCAUUGACAAUAUUAACAAUGACUGACAGUGUGAAGCCAGAACUUCACAACAGGGGCAUUGUUAACUCUCCCACUGAAAUAAAUGGAGCAUAGAAGUGCUUAGUGGAGUCUUCCACUCCAAGCUGCCCUGGGCCAACCCAGGAAACUCAGGAACCAGCCCUGGAUCCAGCCCUGAGCAGGAGGGUUCAGUUCUGCUAGGUGUGUGGGUGGCACUGUGGUCUAAACCACUGAGCCUCUUGGGCACAGAAGGUCGGCUGUUCAAAUCCCCAUGAUGGGGUGAGCUCCCGUUGCUCUGUCCCAGCUUCUGCCAACCUGGCAGUUCAAAACCACACCAGUACAAGUAGAUAAAUAGGUACCACUGCAGCGGGAAGGUACCAAAUGGCGUUUCUGUGCGCUCUGGCUUCCAUCAUGGUAUUCUGUUGCACCAGAAGCGGUUUAGUCACGCUGGCCACAUGACCUGGAAGGCUGUCAUUCCUUGCAGGAAACAUGCCAGCAGGGCAUAACCCUGCAGCCUUCCCACCCAAUGCCCCCACCCCUGACAACCUGCAGUCACACCAGGUCUAUCUUGAUCCAAUCUGCCCAAGCCUGUAUCCCCCUCAAAGUGGCCCGAUUCAUUUCAGGAUGCAGCAGAAUCUGGUGCAGCCUCUCCACCCAGUGCCUUCCUCUAGAUCAGCCUUUCUCAACCUGUGGGUCCCCAGAUGUUGUUGAACUACAACUCCCAUCACCCCUAGCUAGCUCAGAGAUGAUGGGAGUUGUAGUCCAACAACAUCUGGGGACCCACAGGUUGAGAACAGCUGCCCUAGAUGAUGAUGAUGAUGAUAUUAUUAUUAUUAUUAUUAUUAUUAUUAUUAUUAUUAAUAUUAAUAUUUCUUGUACCCAGUGUCCUAGUGUGGGUUGUGUCCUGUUGUCUUGGUUGAAGCCAAGUAGAUAAAGAUGCUCAGAGCAGCCUUUGCUAACCUGGUGCCCUCCGGAGAUCUGAAACUACAACUCCCGUGAGCCCCGGUCAGGAUGGCUGUGCUGCCUUAUGGGAGUUGUAGAUCAAAGCACCUCAAGGGCACUCUGUUGGGGAAGGCUGCUAAGAGUAUGGGAGGGUAAAGAAAGAAAGGGGUGGAUCAGAAAAUCUCUUUCCCCCUGCAAUAAGAGCAAGUCUGCUUUUGCUGAACCUGGAGGAGAAAAUACUGUUCUUAGAGAUAAUAUGAGGUCAUGAAGGCCGUAUGGGUUUUUCAGCAUUCCUAGGAAGGAACACAUUGAGUCAUCUAUUGCAGCAGGCUGUUCUUACAGUUACCAACCAGAUGGUUCCUGCAUUGCAGAGCAUAGGGCUAGAUGAUCCUCAUGGCCCCUUUAGGAUGCAAGUGGCGCUGUGGUCUAAACCAAUGAGCCUCUUGGGCUUGCUGAUCAGAAGGUCAGCAGUUCGAAUCCCUGCAACAGGGUGAGCUCCUGUUGCUCUGUUCCAGCUCCUGCCAACCUAGCAGUUCGAAAGCACACCAGUGCAAGUAGAUAAAUAGGUACCGCUGCAGCAGGAAGGUAAAUGGCAUUUCCAUGCGCUCUGGUUUCUGUCAUGGUGUCCCGUUGCACCAGAAGUGGUUUAGUCCUGCUGGCCACAUGACCUGGAAAGCUGUCUGUGGAGAAACACCGGCUCCCUUGGCCUGAAAGCGAGAUGAGCGCCGCAACCCCAUAGCCGCCUUUGACUGGACAUAACCAUCCAGGGGUCCUUUACCUUUUACCAUGGUCCCUUCCAACUCUAUGAUUCUUUGAAAUUCACAAGCAGCAGCAUCCUCACCACUUGUAAUUUCUAGGAAAUGGCAUGUAGACGCACAUUGCCUUCAACAGUGAAGGUGGAACACAGCCAUCAAGGCUAGCAGCCACUGAUAGCCACAUUCUUCCCAAAUUUGUUUAAUCCUCUUUUAAAGCCACCCAAGAACUAUUUGGACUCUCUGCCUCAGGCACCAAAAUUUAUUGGGCUGGCCUUGAUUUUCCAUGAUCUGAUUCUGGAAAGGCCCCUUCUCUCCCUACAAGAAAGGCUGUGUGUCAUACAUUUCCUGCUUUGUUUAUAUCUUACCCCCUUUAAAAAAAUGUCAUUUGUGGAUUACACUGUGUCUGGGUUUCAUUUUUCAUCUUCGGGGAGCAAGGGAAAGAAUUCUUUGCCGUCUGGAGCAGAACAUGGGGCACACAUCUGUGAUCUCCUAGAGAAGCUGUGAUUUGGCAAUGCACUUUUUUUGGUCUUCUAUGGAUUUAACUUGUGUUAUUUCACAGAAACUGAGCUGCUGUCAAGUUAGAGGGAGCGGGGAGAGGAGGAGGAAAUUCCAGAGAACACGAAUGAAAAAUAAAACCUCCUUGUUUACAUUUUGUAAAAUGACUGCACAGGCUUUCAAUUUCUGCUUUCGGAAGCGAGGGCAUGGGUUUUCAGACUUAAAUUUAUUUUUGACCCAAGAGUAAAGCAGAGGAAAACUUUAGAGACCACAUCCUUUCAUUACUUAAGCAAAAAUCUCGUUGUUCUAGGCUAUGUGAACAUUUGCAUCCUAAAAUGCAGUGAGGUUCUUUUCCCCUGCUGUGUUUUAAGUUGCAUGUACAGGUUUUUGUACACACCAAACAAAUGGCAGGAAUGCCUUUUUGCUUUCUGCACUCCUGCAACCCUCCACCCUCCACCCCAAAAAGCUCCUAUUCAUGAAGCUGUCAUCCAUAGAUGUGCAAUGGCUGUCUCAGCUUUAUACACCUCCGCUUAACUGCGGAGUCAACAUGGCGUAAGUUUUCCUUUUGAAUUGAAACUACAGGAUAGCUCUGCAUUGUUGGUAAAGCCAUGUGUACACAAAUGCCAAACAUGCUGGUGGGAGUGUGCUGGAGCAAGAGUAAAUAGAAAUGUGUACACAGCCCUAUUGGUUGAGGGUUUUGCUCUCAGGACUCAUCUUGCGCCUCAUUUCUGUAAGACAGAGUUGUUCCGCCUGGCCUUUGGCUUGGAAUCAACUUGACCCCCUUUCCCUCUUUCCUUUCUCCUUCUGUGAUGGAAGUCUUAUUUGGGGACUUCCCUGGCUUUUUUCUGACCCAAGUAGGACCAGCCUGGAUAGUUGGCCUUGGUGAAGAUUUGACGUUUUCAUCCCCAAAAAGUUUUUGAUUUGAGUUUCUACUGAAAUGAGGCUGCAUCUUAAUGUUGUAUUUUAAUCUUGCUUUUAAGUUGUAUUUUAAUCAAUUGUUUUUAUACCUGGUGUUAGCCGCCCUGAGCCUGGUCUUGGCUGGGGAGGGUGGGAAAAAAAUAAAAAAAAAAAAUUAUUAUUAUUAUUAUUAUUAUUAUUAUUAUUAUUAUUAUUAAUUUCAGCCUGUAAUUUGUACAGGCCCAAACCAUAAUUCAGAAUAUGGAGUGGGGACCUCCUGCCCCCAAUUCUUUUGCCACUCUAACCACAAUAUAGCAAAGGGUAUGAUGUCUGUUUUCUGUUUUCAAAGCACUUGAGAUAGAAUCAUAGAAUUUUAGAGUUAGAAGGGACCCCGAGGGUCAUCUAGUCGAACCCCCUGCAAUGCAGGAAUCUCAGCUCAAGCAUCCAUGGCAGAUGGCCAUCCAACCUCUGCUUAGAAACCUCCAAGGAGGGAGAGUCCACCACCUCCCGUGGGAGACUGUUCCACUGUCAAAUGGCUCUUCCUGUCAGAAAGUUUUUCCUGGUGUUUAGUCUCCUUUCUUGUAUCUUGAAGUCAUUGGUACGAGUCCUACCCUCCAGAGCAGGAGAAAACAAACUUUCUCCAUCUUCCAUACAACAGCCCUUGAGCUAUUUGAAGAUGGCUAUCAACAUCUUUUCUCAGUCUCAUUCCAGGUGUGGUCUGACCAAAGCAGAAUAGAGUGGCACCAUUACUUCCCUUGAUCUGGAUUCUAUUCUUCUGUUGAUGUAACCUAGAAUAGCAUUGGAUGACCAGGGCCCAUGAUUUGGGAGCUCAUGCCCCAGGAAGAACUGUGGUAAAACACAGGUCUUGCAUGCAGAAGGCCUCAAGUCCUGACAUAGACCAGGGACACAUUCCUGUCUUGAACCCUGGAGAGCAGCUUCCGCUCAGUGCAGACAAUACUGAGAUGAAGUGAUUGAGUCCAUGUUAAGUUAGAUUCCUGUGUUCCUAAGUCCAUAAAUCAUACAGUAAAGAGAGAUACAGAAACAGAGAAUGUUGUGUGAACCUUUCCAGGAAGACGAAGGCCACCACCCUCACCAGUGGGGGCCUCUCAAAGUUAAGGUGAAGACAUCAAGGGUUAAGACAUCGCACCCCUUGUGUGCUGGUCCCGAGGGUUAACCGUGAGGCGAGGUCCGAGUCCAGUCUGAGGUCAAGGGUGCAGUAGGGAGGCAGUCCGUCAAAGCUGAAGCUGGGUCCAAGGCAGGGAGUCGGGUGAGGUCAGGAACUCUGGCAGAAGAGCAGGAUAGGGUGUAGGCAGGAACAGGCUACCAACAACAUUGCUCCCGCAACCUGGGACUGGGGCUGGCUGGCUUUUAUCUGACCCGAAGCAUAGGGCGGCCCCGGUCCACAGGUGACUCGCCUCUCCUGGCUUGGAGGCGAGCGCUCCUCCUGCGGGAACUUAGUUCCCUCCGCCUCUCUGCCCUGAGCCUCUGCAGCUUAGGAGAGGCUGGAGGGUUACCAGACCCAGAGGCAACCUCAGCUUCCCCUGACAUGUCUGAGAGUGGAGCACCUGCAGGCAAUGGGUCCUCCAUCACCCCAGGAGCCAGCGCAGACUCAGCUGAUGCCUGCACCUGAGGAUCCAGCACAGGUGAGGACCCUUCAGGCUCAAGCCCCAGCCCCGGCUCAGCUGGUUCUGGAGGCAGGGAAUCCUGUGCAGGCUGGGAUUCCUCAGGUUCAGCCUCCGAGUCCGAAUCCCAGGCCAUCACACCUUGGCUCCACAUUGUCAACUUUCUUUAGUCAUUUUUCUUCAUCCAUGCAGUCCCAAAACGUCAAGAGAGGCUGCAAUGCCACUGGAAAUAUUAGCAGAAAGUACUAGCCUACUCCUAGCCCUAAGUGGCACAGGUAGACAGCAUCACUGGAUUGUGUCCCGCCUGUGCACCCUAGGUGCUGGUAUUCGCUCUCCAACUACAGAAUCUGCACUAUGUAUGUUCAGUAGGUUCCAUGUCAUGCCCUUCUAGCCUUUCUGGCUACCUUCAAGUAGCAGUGGCUGCACAAUGCUCUUAAGUGGUUGAUAGCCUAACACUUGGUGAUCUAGCAUUGGGAUGGAGGCUUAAGUUGUCCUCUACUCCCAGUGCCCAGGGUGAGGGUCAAGUUUUUCUCCCUUUCAACCAGGGCCCAGAUUGCCAACACUGUACACUGUCCCAUAGCAGUUGGGGAGCCAUGGAAAACUAAUUGUACUCGUGUUCUGCAUAAGGUCUACCCUCUGUUCUGUUUUUUUUCUGGCCAAGCUAAAGUGUCAGAACUAAAAAACUGGCUUCAGUUUUUAUACAUUGAGUGGUAGAAUGGUGACAACUUUGGAGUCCUCCCCCCCUAAAAAAAGGUCAAGAACUCUGGACAACCCUUUUCUUUAAAAAGGUCAACAACUACAGCAUGAUUAUUAUUUUUUAAAGUGUCCCCGGAUUCAUUGAAAAAAAUCUGGUAACCAUAUCUUAGUCCCUAGCACCAGGGCGUUUUUUCCACCUGGAACUCACCAGACCACCAACCCCUCUCAGGUGGGCACCACUGCCAUUAUAAGAGAACAAGGGAGGCGUUCAGGGUUUGUUCUGGCACCUCUUUUUCUAGAAAUUAAUAAUAAUAAUAAUAAUAAUAAUAUUUAUGCCUCGCCCAUCUGGCUGCGUUUCACCAGCCACUCUGGGCGACUCCCAAUAGAAUAUUAAAAACACAAUAAAACAUCAAACAUUAAAAACUUCCCUGUACAGGGCUGCCUUCAGAUGUCUUCUAAAAGUCAGAUAAUUGUUUAUUUCCUUGACAUCUGAUGGGAGAGCGUUCCACAAGGCGGGCACCACCACUGAGGAGGCCCUCUGCCUGGUUCUCUGUAACCUCACUUCUCGCAGUGAGGGUACCGCCAGAAGGCCCUCGGCGCUGGACCUCAGUGUCAGGGCAGAAUGAUGGGGGUGGAGAUGCUCCUUCACGUCUACUGGACCAAGGCCAUUUAGGGCUUUAAAGGUCAGCACCAACACUUUGAAUUGUGCUUGGAAACAUACUGGGAGCCAAUGAAGGUCUUUCAGGACCAGUGUUAUAUGGUCUCGGCGGCCAUAUAUAGCUCAGCCCAGCACACAUCACUAUCAAGUUGCAAUUAAUCCUUGCUUCAUUUUCUCCUCAUGAGGAAGGUUAAGCUGAGACUAUGCGGUUUGUUGAGGAGACUCCUCCCGGGUCAUCUCUCAGGGGAAAUGCGGGUUCUCCAAAUGCAUGUUUCAAGCCUACUUUCUUCAGCUGCAACCACACUCUCUGUCCCCACCCGCUUUCAGGCAGCUGUUAAUGUGUUGAAAGUUUGCAGAAAGUCCUGCAAGCUAAGAAGCUGAUCCGUUUUCCGUGACCAGAACCUUUUAUCUUCAGGAAGUGGUUUGCAUUUCUUUCCAUCUAGCAAAGUCAUUUGACAAAGGAAAUCCUGCCUUCCAGCAAAAAAAGGAUAAACUGACAUAUCCAUUUAUUUUUUCAUUUUAGUAUAUCUAAUAGUUUUGUGGUUACGGCCAGUGUGGUUUACUAAAAUUACAGCUGAAUUCUAGAGGAUCUGAAAUAGCAAAAGUGCUGCGAGAUACGCAACUUCCUUUUUUUGUGUGAGGGAGGGUGAAAAUAGCAAGACCCCCCUCCCCCAAGCUGAUGGGACCUUUCUGCUCAGGGCUAAUAAGAGCUUCAAAAUGAUGCUGGGAAGUUUUCACUGGAACAGGAAAGAUCUGCAACCCUCCUUUCACAUGCUUUGGUCAUGAUUCUGAAACCCCCCCCCCCCAUUGUACCUGCAAUUUAUAAAAUGAAAUGCAUCCAUUUCAUUCACCAAAUUAACAUCAUAUGUAAAGGUAAAGGGACCCCUGAUCAAUAUUAGGUCCAGUCGUGACCGACUCUGGGGUUGCGGUGCUCAUCUCGCUUUAUUGGCCGAGGGAGCCGGCGUACAGCUUCCGGGUCAUGUGGCCAGCAUGACUAAGCCACUUCCGGCGAACCAGAGCAGGGCAUGUAAAUGCCAUUUACCUUCCCGCCAGAGCGGUACCUAUUUUCUACUUGCACUGGUGUGCUUUCAAACUGCUAGGUUGGCAGGAGCAGGGACCAAGCAACGGGAGCUCACCCCGUCGCGGGGAUUCGAACUGCCGACCUUCUGAUCGGCAAGUCCUAGGUCUGUGGUUUAACCCACAGCGCCACCCACCUCCCUACAUCAUAUGUAGCUACAUCAUAUGUAGCUAGGCCCUAAUUCAAUUGGCUGAGAGUCCUGGGUAGAAGAAAGCAACUUCGGCAAGAUCCAGGUUACUGCAUGGUUUGUGUGUGUGUUACCUGGCACAUGUUAGCAGGGAAGACACAGCAAUUGGUUUGGUGCUUGAGAGGGAAACGUCAGAGAGAUCGGGUAGAUGGUGCGUUGCAAGUAUUGAGGGCACGUGAGAAGUGUGGGUGCAGAGAGGAACGGGUGACAUUGGAUGAGUAAUGGGCAGCGCAGGGUUGGUCUUUACAUAGUGUAAAUGAUUUGAAUGGGAGAAAUUGGAAUAGUUCGGGAAUAGAGGGCAGGCUAAAUGAGGUGUGAUGUAUACAAGUUGUCGGGUAAGUGUUGCAUGUCAUGAAUCAGGAUGUGCCUUGGCAAGAGGAAGCAGAUGGUGCUUUUACUCAGGGGGUGGCGGGUAGAAGUCAUUGCAGAUGGCAGUGGGUGGGGUCCAGAUGGCAGCAGAUGACAACAUCUCUCCAGUCCUCCUCCCACCUUGCAAGUACUGGAUGGCCAGGCUGACAAAUCAUUUCCCUGGACAUUGGUUAUUGUUUCAUCUGGCAGCACAUUCUUUUAGCUCCAUCGUAUAGAAUAAUAUGUUGCCAGCGGGGGGAAGUAUUCUGGCUAUUUCUUCUACCCUGCUUAUGGACUGUUUUGAUAAUAAGUGGUAUAUAAGGAUGGGUAUAUAAGGAGGGACACGGGUGGCACUGUGGGUUAAACCACAGAGCCUAGGACUUGCCGAUCAGAAGGUCGGCGGUUUGAAUCCCCGCGACGGGGUGAGCUCCCGUUGCUUGGUCCCUGCUCCUGCCCACCUAGCAGUUCAAAAGCACGUCAAAGUGCAAGUAGAUAAAUAGGUACCACUCUGGCGGGAAGGUAAACGGCGUUUCCAUGCACUGCUCUGGUUCGCCAGAAGCAGCUUAGUCAUGCUGGCCACAUGACCUGGAAGCUGUACGCCGGCUCCCUCUGCCAAUAAAGCGAGAUGAGCACCGCAACCCCAGAGUCGUCUGCGACUGGACCUAAUGGUCAGGGGUCCCUUUACCUUUACCUUUAAGGAUGCAAAAUAAAAUUAAUUCCAAUGGUAUCGCAAGAGUCUGCUGAGCAUGCAAAUCCAGUGGCCAAGGGCAACAGUUGUUGUUUCUUGAAUUUAUAUACCACCCUAUACCUGGGAGUCUCAGGGCGGUUCACAGAAUAAAAUCAAGAUGUAAAACCACAAGAUACCUAAUAAUAAUAAAAACAACAACCCAAUAGUCACCCCCCAAAAUUUUUUAAAAAGGGCAUAGGAUGUCAAUCAAAUCAACCAAAGCCUUGGUUAAAAAGGAACAUUUCUGCCUGGUGCCUAAAGGUGUGUAAUGAAGGCGCCAGGCGAACUUCCCUGGGGAGAGCAUUCCACAGAUGGGGAGCCACUGCAGAGAAGGCCCUGCUCUCGGGUUGCCACCCUCCGUACCUCACAUGGAAAAGGCACACAAAGAAGGACCUCAGAAGAUGAUCUCAGGGUCCGGGUAGGUUGAUAUGGAAAGAGGUGGUUACAAAGAGAGGCUUUUGCAUAAAAUACUGGGUGGCGAAUAAGGUAGGAGAGGCAGGACCACAGAACGCAGCCGUAAAACACAGAAUGUGUGACUGUCUGUGUGGGGGCAUCUGUACGAAAUGCUUCUAUCGCCUUGAUUCUUUCUGCAACAUGGCUGCUGCCAUGCGAGCUGUUUUCCUCCUUCAUUUAAAACAGGCUGCUUCUAGAUGACCUGUUUAUUGAGCAUUCAACCUAAUUUUUAUUUACGGGGAGAUUAGAUGGUGCUAUUUAAUGAGCUAUUUCUCCUGAUUUGUUUGUGGGGAGGUUAGAUGGCAUCGUGUUGAGCCAAGUGUCACCUCACGCUUUCCAGGGCAUUUUGCUGCCCUCGUCCCUGUCGCAAAAAGUUGAAUCUCUCAAGGAAAUGGGUUUCGCCAGUAUGUGCUUGAGUCCCAUCCCAAAAUACCAGCCAUCCGGAAGCACCCAGAAUCUCACACGUACCUUUCCCGUCGCACAAACCAGAGGCUACAGCUGCUGAAGAAGAACCCAAUCCAUCACCUUAUCCUCUGCUCUUCCCGCAUUUCCAGAUCGCAGAAAGAAUCAUCAUCUUAUUUGUUGUGAUUGUCAGUCAAGAAGAAAUUCAAGGAAAAUGUGUUGUGUGCAUCUUAUUCUUCCUCUGGAGUUUCCUUGAUGUGGUCAGGUAAGAACACAGACAUGCACGUCCCUCCAAAGUAAACCAAAUGGUUUUUCUUUCGGCCUUCCAUAUCUACAUUCGGCAGGCAAUUAAGUUUCAUUAUCUGGUCUGCUUCUCCUGCAAAAGCAAAUCCUAGGAAGACUAGAAAAAGGACAAAGCGUGGGCACUCCCUCACUUACUCCCAGCAUUACUUAUCGCUUUGGCCUUGCUGCUAGCUGCAGUCUACAAAUUGUGUAUUUUCCUAGAUUUUUAGAAACAGAGAGAUACCCAGAAACUGUGUGGAUUAAAUUGGUUGCUUUGGGCCAUUGUUUGGGUCCCCCAAGGGACAUAGGUGGCGCUGUGGGUUAUACCACAGAGCCUAGGAUUUGCCAAUCAGAAGGUCGGUGGUUCAAAUCCCCGCGACGGGGUGAGCUCCUGUUGCUCGGUCCCUGCUCCUGCCAACCUAGCAGUUUGAAAGCACGUCAAAGUGCAAGUAGAUAAAUAGGUACCACUCCGGUGGGAAGGUAAACGGCGUUUCCAGAUCGUGGCCUGAUCUAAGGCAGGUUGCAAGAACAACUUUAUCACCAGACGUGUAUAUAUGGUAAGAAGACUAAGAAAUUGGUCUGCAUAUUCUUGUUUGGGAUAAAGGUGGGUCCCAGGUCUGAUAAAGCUGAAAGCCACAGCUUUAGGCUGCACUGAGAGAAUGGGGCACAGUUCUGUCAGAAGAGGAAAAAAUGUGAGCAAACUGGUUUUUCAAGAUUCCUGCUAUUUACCUGAGGCAACAGAGAUAAAGCAAGCACAGGGAAACAACGUCAACUACCUAGUAAAUCCAAGCAACAUAGAACUCUUGAGAAAAGAGUUGGGUGCUCUUGCCUUCCAAACACAGCAGCCCUUAGAGAUUCGAGUGGUUAUCUUUUAUGUGGACAAUCAAGUUUAGACAUUGCCUGUCUGCCUAUUUCCUACUGGGAGAGAGGACAAGAUCAUUUCAGAAGCUCCAGAGCUUGUGGGUCAUUUAAUGGCAGCUGAAAUGGACAGAAUAUGUAGCAUUGGCAAGUUUGACGUGUAAAAUUAGAGAUCAGAAAGAGACUGAUUUUAAAGGAGAUUGGAAAAUGUCUGUAGGAGAUGUAAAAACUCAAUGUAAAUAUGUUAAAAGACAAAUAGGAUUUGAGUAAGAACAGCACUGGGGGUGAACUUUUUGUUUUUCUUUUGUGAUAAGGUGAAGGUAUAGAAUAAUAUGCAGCGUAAAUUGAAUUUUUGAGGGAAUCAGGGAGGGGAAGUCGUAGGUGGAGUGACUAAUUGUCAAAUUUGAAAUGUUGUAGAAUUGUUUAUUUGUUAAAUUUUUUGAAAAAAAUUAAUGUAAGGAGUUUUCAGAUGGCUAACUGCGCAGCCUCACUCAGAUGUAAGUCUUAUUGAACCCAUGCAAGUUGGGUUGGGGUUGUGUGAUUUAUCUUGCAAACAAAGCAGCAAUACAAAAGAGCAACACUGUGUCUCUGUGAAGUCCCAAUAAACACUGGCUGUGGAGAUAGAGUCCAGUAACAUCUCAAAGGCACCACAACAAUGGCUCCCCUUAUUCUUUGGCUUCCCAUCUUCCUCACAUUUUGGGGAUCAGGAUUGGUGAAAUGAUACCUUUGAAGUUCUACCAACUGAGCUAUCACAGCAGUCAAGUUGCUGCUUAAAAGGAGACUUCUUAUAAAUCUCUGAAAGUCACAAAAUAUGCACUCUUGAUGGAUUCUCUUGAAAACAUAGAACCAAAUAAACAUAAGUAUGCUUCUAUGUUUUCAAGGGAAUCCAUCAAGAGUGCAUAUUUUGUGACUUUCAGAGAUUUAUAAGAUUUCUGUUUAUUUGGUUUUGCAGAGAGUGAAUAUUUCAUAUAUUUCAUACUGUUCAAUGUUCUGUAUAGAUUAUAUAAAGAGCUCAUAUUGACAUCGCAUUGUUGUACUUGGUCAUCAUGUUGCCUUGGAUAUUACUGAUAACUGUUUGCAACACAGGGGUUUAAUUGUUUGGUUACUAAAAGGAGAUUUCAGCUAUUCAGCAUCUUCAGCAGUGAAAAAUCAGAACGUGGCUCACCCUCUUUUCACCUGCUUUUUAUUCUAGAUAUACUUACUGUAUGCUGGCAGUAACAGGAACAUACUUUCGAGAAUUGACGUGGCUCCAUUAUACGCUAUGGAUUCCUUUGUAUCCUCUGUCGGUUUUGGCUGAAGGUAACGGCAGAGGGAGGGCAUGUGAAGAAGCCUGCCUGAUUUCUAAGGCUACCACCCUAAGCAUACUUGCUCAGGAGUAAUGCCCACUGAAUCCAAAAGGGCUUACUUUUGAGUAGAGGUGGAGGAAAAAUUCAAUUCAACACACAUUUAAAGCAGACCCUUUGUGUUAUGUAGAGUUGAAUAGGAUCCAAAAUGCAGCAGUCUGAUUGGUCCUAGAACAAUAGGAUUCAGAAUGCAGCAGUCUGACUGGUCCGAGAACAAUGCAGUAGUAUGAUUGGUCUGCAAGAGCCACCCAAUCCGGCUCCAGAUGGAAGUGAAUCCACAACCUGAUUGGCCUACAGGAGAAUUCCGGAAUUAGCCAAUCACGUGCAGCCCAUUGUGCAAAUAAUGUAUAUAAAGCAGAUACUUUGAGGGGACUUUCAGUCCUCCUCACCACUAUGAGCUGAAUAAAAAGCAUGAAAUCCACUCUCGACUCUGAGUAUAUUUCACUUUGCAAUGCUGCAAAUGCAAGAUGCAAAUUGCAACAGAGCUAUCUUUCAAAAUUUGCUCUCAUCCUUUGUGAUGCAGUCUCCAAGCCAAUGUUCACAAGCCCCAAUCGGGAUGAGCAAUGGCUGGGGAAAAUGGGAGCAGCAAUUCGGCAAUAUCUGAACAGACACAGUCUGCUGCAAGGAGAUGGAACACCAUCAAAGUUUCAUUCAGAAUAGUUAAUUGUGUACUAAACAUUAAAAAAUCUUGGCAGAACUGUGAUUAUUCAAAACCUGCUAAUGAGUUCAAGUCUUUGCAUUGAUUCUGCAUGCAGACCGAAAAUGGUUCCCAGUCUCUCUUGAAGGAUUUUUUGUCCUUAUUUCGAAGUCUCUCUGUUAAUUAGCAAAAGUUAUAUAAUUUAUAAGUUAAAAUAUAAAAAAGGAGGGGGAAAGGCAAUAUGCAAGAAUAAUAUUAUGGUGAAAUAAACCAGAGAAGGAGAUUGAGGGAAGUCCGGGGGGAAUGGGGAAAUUGUGAAAUUGUGAAUAAUAAUAAUUAUGAUGUAAUAUCGGGGGAAAUGGAAAACUGAAUAAUUUUUUUAAAAUAAAAAAAUCUUGACAGAAUUUCAAAUAUCUAAAUUUUCCAUAGAGCACAUCUGUGACAAACAUGAAACCCUUCCCACCAUGGACUGUGGGCCAUUCUUUGCCUCCCAACUAUCACCAACUUUCCUCCAACUUUCAAAUGGGUUUUGAAAGACUAUAAAAAUCUGCUCUCUCCCACUUUCAACAUCCAGCAUCCUGAAACCUUGGACAGCUGCUGCCAUUGGUCUGACUCAGUAGAAGACAGUUUGCUAUGCUCCUAUUUCAGGGAGCUUGGGCUAAAUGGAGGCUUUGAUUUAUUGUGCUGUCAUAGCUACAGAUUAAUGCUCUAUCGAGAGGUCCAGAGGAUGACAACACAAGAGCAGGGCCUUCUCUGCGGUGGCUCCCUGUCUGUGCAAUGCUCUCCCCAGGGAAGUUCGCCUGGCGCCUUCAUUGCACACCUUCAGGUGCCAGGCAAAAAUGUUCUCUUUUAACCAGGCCUUUGGUUGACCUGAUCAACUUCCCACACCCUUUUAAAAUGUGGCUCUUUUUUGGGGGGGGGUGUAUUAUUGGGUUAUUGUUAUUGUUUUUAUUUUAUAUACUGUGAUCCUUUUAAUGUGAACCACCCUCAGACCUUCAGGUAUAGGGCGGUAUAUAAUAUAAUAAUAAUAAUAAUAAUAAUAAUAAUAAUAAUUUAUUAUGCAUUUCAAGCACUAACCCUUUCUGGUGACUACAUUACACUCCAUCCAAAGUACAGAGUAUCUGCCCUGCUAAAAAUGAACUUUUAUAUGCAGUUGAAAACCUGCCUGUCCAUUGUGCUUGACAUGGAGCAGAAGGAACCUCGCCUGCGAUAAUUAUAGAUGGUUUUGUGUUGCAUUAAGUUAUCCAUUAUAGCUUUUUAUCAUAAAGGAAGGCCUAAGACCUUUAAUUUUGCUCUUUUGGAGAUUUUUCACUUACAAGCCACUAAAUCAAUUUUUUAUCUAUUUCCCCUCCCCCUCUCCAGAGUUUGCGAUAUAUGUAUCACUACCUCACUUUGAAACCUACGGCACUUACUCAACCCAGCUGCCCUUACCAUUCGAUAUACCCGUCUACUUUCCCUAUGUACUAAAAAUAUACAUGGCGAUGUUGUUUGGAGGUAAGUUUUUAGUUUCUUGGCAACACACAAAAAAACUGAGCUUGGCAAGCCUGGGGUAUUGUAGCCCAAGUCUCUCAGUAGGGACUGAAUUGGGAGCUGUUUGUAUAUAUAUAUAUAUACAUACCUCUUCUGUUUCUUGGGCCAACUUUGCUGCUGAGAGCAGCCCGCUUUUCUUGUUUGGGAGUGGACCUGAGGGAAGACUGCAUCCCUCAGGUCCACUCCCCCUAGCUCCGCCCCCCACGCUGCCAUGGAUUGGUCAAUCCAAACCGCAUGGUUGGCAGUGCCCGUGAUGCUCUGCGAUGGCCAGGAGAGAGUGGCGACGGCCACAGGACAAUGGCAAGGCUCCAUGGGGUGAAAGAAGCGAGCACCGCUCAAAAGAAUCAAAAGAAUAGUCUUCCACAAGUGAAGAACUGGGGCUACAUAAUGUAACAACCAUAUCUGGGCAUCUCUGUUAUUAUUAUUAUUACAGUGGUAUAGUGGUAUUAUUAUUGCAGUGGUACAGUGGUAUCACUGUACAGUGGUACAGUGAACGGGAUCCGUUCCGGAGGCCCGUUCGCAACCUGAACAGAACGCAACCGGCGUCUGCGCGGGUUGCGAUUCACAGCUUCUGUGCAUGACGUCAUUUUGCGCGUCUGCGCAGGCGCGAGCGGCGAAACCUGGAAGUAACCCGUUCCGUUACUUCCAGGUCGCUGCGGGACGCAACCUGAAAACACUCAACCUGAAGCAAACGUUAACAUGAGGUAUGACUGUACCUUGGUUCCCAAACAGCUUAGUUGUCAAACAAAAUGGCUCCCAAAUGCCGCAAAACCCAGAAGUGUUACGGUUUGCAAACGUUUUUGGGAAGCUGGACGUCCGGCACAGCUUCCAAUUUGAGUGCAGGAAGCUCCUGCAGCCAAUCAGAAGCUGCGCUUUGGUUUUCGAAUGGUUUUAGGAGUUGAAUGGACUCCCAGAAUGGAUUAAGUUCGAGAACCAAGGUACCACUGUAUUACUAUUAUUUACUAAAUGUAUUAAGUUUGUAUACCAUCCUAUGCCCGCAGGUCUCAGGAAAGCUCACAAUAUAACUACAACUCUAGCCCAUGUUUUGAGGGGGAAAGGGCUUGGAAAAUUCCUAGACUAGGACGAGCCGCCUGAGAAACAGUUUCUAUCAAAAUGCGAUAUUGGUUUUAAAUGCAGUGUAAGGUAGUCUCUGGGACGCGGGUGGCGCUGUGGGUAAAACCUCAGUGCCUAGGACUUGCCGAUCGCAUGGUCGGCGGUUCGAAUCCCCGCGGCAGGGUGAGCUCCCGUCUUUCGGUCCCAGCUCCUGCCCACCUAGCAGUUCAAAAGCACCCCUAAGUGCAAGUAGAUAAAUAGGUACCGCUUCAUAGCGGGAAGGUAAACGGCAUUUCCGUGUGCUGUGCUGGUGCUGGCUCGCCAGAGCACGUGUCUCCGGGCAGCGCUGGCCCCUGGCCUCUUAAGUGAGAUGGGCACACAACCCUAGAGUCGGACAUGACUGGCCCGUACGAGCAGGGGUACCUUUACCUUUAAGGUAGUCUCUAUGGGAUUGAUUAUACUGUAUUCCAUUAUGGGGUAUCAGAGUUUUUAGGGGGUUAUCCAGGCUGGGAUAGCUGGGAUGGCAGGCUUGUUGGUUUCUGAAUGUCUGAUGCAGAUUUUUUCAAUUUUGUUGUUCUGUAUGGGACAAUGACAAUAAAGAUUAUUGUAUCAUAGAGGGACCUGAAUGGGCUUCAUAAGAACAAGAUGUCGUUGCAUUCUCCUUAUUGGUUUCUACCUUCUUGCACUCAGAGCCUGUUCUGGUUUGAAUUUAGGUGCGUACCUCCUUGUCCGAUGCCUCUACAUGGAACGGAAGGCUCAACUGGGAAGCUGGACCAUCAAGGCCAAAAGAAGCUAGCUUACCUUUUCCUUAAGGAGUGAGGGAAGUGGCUUGAGGAAGCCUGGUGGUAAAUGCCCUUCGUGAAACUAAGCGCAGUAGACCAUGACUUUAAAACGAGACAGUACCAUGAGACAGUAAUUUGGAUAACUUUGGUUUAAAGACGGCAACACACACUCUCGAUAGGUAGAUCCCAUGACACACAUGGCGUGAGGAGUGUUUGUGUGUGCAGCAGAACCCUGAAUCUGGCGCAGAAUUGUGAUUUUUUAAAGCACAUUUGGGAUUGGGAUUGUGGGGGAUAUGGCACCACAGAGCACUCAGCUGCGAUAGAGCUGAUUCUGAGGGUUUGCCCUCAAGGUGGGGACCGUAAAGGGGGCCCAGAGCAAAAAUCACCAGCAGCCCAGCCUGGGUCCUCAGGGAUGCUGCGUUCUGAAGCCUGGCCCAGUAGCAGGGAGGAGGACACUAAGCCUAGCCCUCUCUGCCCAACACACUAGUUAUUUAUGUACACAAAUAUUUCAACACCCUUCUCCAAAUGGAGAAACAUCGCAUAAUGUGAGCCACCGAUUUGCGCAAGCGGUAAGAGCCAGGCUUGGAUUACCAUCCUAGUGAAAACUGCCCCAGAGCCAACACAGGCAAAAUAUAUUGGUGCAAAUAUUUGGAAGAUUUGGAAUGUUUGUCUUAACUUUCCCCACGGAAUUGGAAUUUCCUGUUAAAUCAUUCACGAACCUCUAGCCACUGGAAACAUAUUUUUUGUUUAAAUGUGAAAAAAGGAUAUUUUUGUCUCUUUCAACACAUUUAUGUAAUGAAACCUAGAAGUUUAAAGAUUUGUAAUUAUAUAUGCAAAAUGGAGCAGUGAGUAUAUCUAAAACCAAGAGAAUAUUGAUGUUCCAUAGUGCUGUAUGGAUGGAGUGUCACUUGUGCAAGAGGACUUCUGCUUCCACUGUGAGAAUGUCCAAUUCAUCUUCUCCCCCAGUGUGGUCCCAAAAUCUGUUCCAGAGGGUCCUGCAACCUCUUGGAGCAGUUUUUAAGGGGGGGAGGGGAGAGAGAAGGGUAGUACUUUUGUUGGAGAUGUAUAAGUCUGUUGUACAAGUGGAACAGUAGUAUUAGAUACAAAGCAUGUGAUAUUACAGGUGAAAUUCAGACUUUGCAUUUCACCUAUAAUACCGCACGGCUUGUAUCUAAUGCCUGCUGUUCCACUCGCACAACAAACUCUCACUAGUCCAUAGAAAUUUCUGCUUUCCCCCCUGAACCCCUUAAAAACUGCUCCAGGGGGUGCAAAGUGGUGUAAAAGUCAAAGGUAAGGAUUGGGAAAAGGGCAAAAGAUAAUACUUGAGCUGAUUAAACACUGUUAAUCCUACAGUCCAUGGGAGCCUCAUAAAUAAAAUCAGGCUGGAGAAAAUGUAAACUUCUCCUCAUCUUCCAUUCUGCUGUGUGCCUGGCAGGCCUCUAGAUUUGGUGGUCCAUUCUCUUUUGAUACUCUUUUCCAAUAUGUUCAGAUACCCCCCCCCAAAAAAAAACCCCAAUGUGUCUCCCUUAUCAGUCUCUCCAUCCACAGCAGGUGCUGUAACCUUCCAGUAGUUUGACUUCACCCCUAAAGGCACACUCCAUUGUCUCCCAAGACAGAAGGGUGCCAACCAACACAUGCUAUAAUCCAUACACAGGCAUUUGCAGUAGCACCUUGGCUUAUGUUACCCUCAGGUAACAUAAACUUCGGGUUGCGAAAGCGGCAAACCCAGAAAUGUUUCGCCCCGUGUGCAUGUGCAGAAGCGCUCUACCGCACCGCGCGCAUGCGCAGAAACGGUCCCUCCAGUUGCGGAAACCUCGGGAUCCGACCGGAGCUCUGGAACGGAUCCCGUCCGCAACCGGAGGUACCACUGUAUUAGCCAGGAUCCAACGUGCUACUUUAAGAGUGCCCAAAGGCUUUACUCACAGCAGAUGGGGUCUACCAUUUGAAUAAUACAUACAAAGUCUCGAGUAAAUGGGUGCACAGAACUAGUUAUUUUCCUCGGAUUCAAACGCUUUGCAUUUAUUAAAUACCCUGUAUUUGACAUGGAUUCCAAACAGGCAAGAUUUCCAGGCAACUUUUUAAAGUUCUAUCACAAAGCUGUAGACAAUUUCAUCCAAUGCAUCACGAUAUCGGGUUGCACAGUAUACUCUUUCUGUAACGGAACGAUCUCUCUGGAACAGACAAUUCUCAGCCAAAUGUAUCACGAAGCUUUUGUUGCACUGUCAAAACUUUCUAUCCGGAUACAAUCUUUCUGGAACGGAAAGCACGUUACACACCUUAGUGUAACCACAUAACACCUCUUGGGAACCUUGCAUCCUGACAACAGCUCGACAUGUGAAGACGACACCAGGAGGCUACCAGCCAUAAGCCUUUGUCCAUACUGCCUUCUUCCUGAACUCUGGGAGAGACCGCAGAGCCAGCAGAGAUGCUGAGAAAAUAAGGAACAUUCACAGCAUUAGUCAACCCCGCAAUUGCGCCUCCACAAUUAUGUUUUUAAGGAUACGCUGGUGUGUGUGUGCGUGAAAUGAAAUGAAAAAAAGGCCAUGAUAUUUGAG